AUGCCGCACUCUGAAAGCGGCGCGCCGCUGGUCAAGCGCCAGAAGCUGAGCACCGCCCCGGCCUCGUCCGCACAGCAACAGUCGUCUGCCAUUGCCACGGGCUCCAACAUCUUUGCACCGUUCAGGACCGUCGGUCUCGUCUCGCCCACCGCCGUUCCUUUCACCUCUAUCCCCCUCGGCAAGACGACGUUCCAGAUCACCACGUCGGCCGGCCGCUGUCUCCAGACUUACGACCUGAAGCGCGGUCUCAACCUCGUUUUCGUCACCCGCCCGCAAACCCCGCGCCACAUUACUGCAACGUACGCAUGGAAGCACAAGGUGUACGCUGCCUGGGGCGGCAAGCAGGACGGUGACGAGGAGAAUGAGGAUGACGACGACGACGACGACGACGACGACGACGAAGACAGCAGCAACAAUGGCAGCGAUGCCGCACCCCCCAACACCUCACAGGGCGUCUGGAUCUUCCAGCGUGGUCGCAAGGUCGGCGAGCUGCCCAUGCCCCGCGACCUGACGGAGCCCAUCCGACAGAUCUCCAUCUUUGGCGCCUGGAUCGUCGGCCUUGCCCGCACCCGCAUCGACGUGUGGAAGUCGACCACGCUGGAGCACUACACUACCCUUCAGCCCACCGCCACCACCCCCGGCAGCAACGAACUGACCGGCGGCAUGUGCACCAUGCCCACGUUCCUCAACAAGCUCUUUGUGGGCCGCGCCGACGGCUGGGUCGAAAUCUGGAAUGUCAGCUCGGGCAAGCUCGUCUACACCAUCCUGCCGCCCCAGACCGCCAGCCCACCGGGCGGUGUCACCUGCCUUGAGCCUACGCCCGCUCUAGGGCUUCUGGCCAUUGCCUACGCGGCCGGCCCGCUCGUUAUCCACGACGUGCUGCGCGACCAACCGCUGAUCCACGUCGAGGCCGGCACCGCCGGCGUCACGGCCGACGGCGAGAACGACGCGCCCGUCACGAGCAUCUCGUUCCGCACGGACGGCCGCGGUGCAGGCCAGGACGGCCGUGUGGAAGGUGUCAUGGCGACGGCGACGACGGCCAGCGGCGACGUGACCUUCUGGGACCUCAACAAGGGCGGCCGCAUCAUGGGCGUGCUGCGGAGUGCGCACAACCCGCCGUCGCGGGCGGCGGGCGGCGUGCGCGGCGGCAUCAGCAAGAUUGAGUUUUUGGCCGGCCAGCCCGUCAUCCUCACGAGCGGUCUCGACAACUCGCUGCGCUCCUGGAUCUUUGACGAGACGCCGUUCUCGCCCAUUCCGCGCAUCCUGCACACCCGCAGCGGCCACGCCGCGCCCGUCAACUGCCUCGCGUUCCUGCCGUCCGACUUUGACGGCGCCGACGCGGGCAACAAGUGGCUGCUCAGUGGCGGCCUCGACCGGAGCCUGUGGGGCUGGUCGCUGCGGCGCGACGGCCAGAGCAGCGAGCUGAGCCAGGGCAGCGUGCGCCAAAAGGCCAAGAAACUCGGCAUCCUGUCGACGUCGGCACUGCGCCACGGCCCCACGACGACGCUCGAAGACUUGAAGGCGCCGCCCAUCACCUGCAUCGCCUCGUCGUUGAACCGCGACGGCGGCAUUGGUGCCCUGCCUGGCAAGAUGCCCAUCUGGCUCAAGAUUGGCGGCCCGCAUGGCAACGGCGGCCACAAGAACAAGGCCGGCCGCGCCGGCGAGGGUCUGCGGCCUGGCGACACCGAGUCGAGCAGCAUGACCGGCUGGGAGAGCGUGGUGACGGCGCACCGCGACGACGCCUAUGCGCGCACGUGGUUCUGGGGCCGCAAGCGGGCCGGCCGCUGGCAGCUCUGCACGGGCGACAACCGCAACGUGUCGACUGUGGCCAUCAGCCCCUGCGGCACGUUUGCGCUGGUCGGCUCAGAGGGCGGGUCCAUCGACAUGUACAACCUGCAGUCCGGCAUCCACCGCCAGCGCUUCCCGUCACGCCUGACGCCCGCACAGGCGCGCCAGCUCAAGGUCCAGCAGCAGUUGCGGCAGGCAGACGGCGUGACACAGCUGCAGGCGACGGCCACCACGGGACAUGGCACCUUUGCCGGUUUCCGCAGCCCCGGUGCCGGCCGGCACGCAGGCGCUGUCACAGGCGUCGUCGUCGACAAUCUCAACAGCGUCGUGGUCUCGUGCUCGCUCGACGGCACCGUCAAGUUCUGGGACUUUUUGACAGGCCACCUCGUCGACCAGAUCAACGAGUGGGGGGGCGUCCCCGUCACCGCCUGCCGCUACCACGCGGCCAACGACUUGCUGGCCUUUGCGUGUGGCGACAACACCAUCCGCGUCGUGGAUCUCGUCACGCGCAAGACCAUUCGUGUGUUCCGCGCCGGCGCUGCGAACCCGCCUUCCAGCAUCAACGACCUCUGCUUCUCCAGCGACGGCCGCUGGGUCGUUGCCGUCACGCAGGACGACGCGCGCUUGCGCGUCUGGGACCUGCCGACGAGUCACCUGAUUGACUCUGUGCCGCUCGACCGCCCGGGCCGCGCCGUGGCCUUUUCGGGCACCGGCGAGUACCUGGCUGUGGCGCCGGACGGCGCGCUCGGUGUGCACCUGUGGACCAACAAGACGCUCUUCAAGCACGUACCGACGCGGCCCGUUGUGGAGGCGCCGACCGCCUCCACAACACGCAAGGCGCUGACGGACAAAAAGGGACGCAAGAAGGCCAAGGCUGUGGUGGCUGGCCCGACGGUGUCGGGCGAGGGCGGUGCCGGUCAGCUGGAGGGCGCCUUUGUCGACGAUGGCCAAGGCGCCGACGGCGAGGACAGCGACGAUAUUUUGCCCGCCAAGACCCUAGACCAGCUGAGCGCUGACAUGACGACGCUGAGCCUGGUGCCCAAGGCCCGCUGGCAGACGCUGCUGCACCUAGACCUGAUCAAGCAGCGCAACCGGCCGCGCGAAGCGCCCAAGGUGCCCGAGAAGGCGCCCUUCUUCCUGGGCACCGUCGGCUCGGCCGAAGCAGAAAAGGCCGGCCUGGGUGCCGCCUACGCCAAUGGCCAGAACCAGAGCCAGGCCGGAGCGGACGGCACGGACGGGAAAGACGGCAGUGCCGGCGACGCCCGCUCGCGCAUUCUGACGCUCGACCUCACGCGCGCCCAGCAGGCCCUGACCCUCAAGCUCCACCAGGGCAAGACGGGCAAUUUUGCCCCUUUUGUCGAUCACUUGAAGAGCCUGCCGCCGGCACAGGCCGAUCUGGAGCUGCGCUCCCUGGCCGCCGACGAGGGCGAGCUGGCCCUGUUUGUGCGUGCCAUGACCAGCCGCCUGCGCGCCCGUCGCGACUAUGAGCUGGUCCAGGCCUGGAUGACCGUGUUCUUACGCCUCCACGGCAGCACGGCAGUCGAGGCGGCAGUUGGCGGCGGCGACGAAGAUGGCAGCGAAAGCAACCUGGACGACUUUGCCGCAGCCCUUGCCGAGUGGCGCGUGGUCCAGGAGCAGGAGCGCAGCCGGCUGGACGCGUUGGUGGGCUACUGCGGUGGUGUUGUCGGCUUCCUGCGGAAUCCACGAAGCUAG